UACAACAUGUCGUCGCCUCGGUUUUUUCUUCCUCUUCCACUUUAGUUUUGCGUGUCUUCUGCUUCUAACAGAUCAUGUCUUUUGCUUCGUAUCGCCUCAGAGAUCCGGGCGGAACUUACACCUUCUCCAGUCGACCGAGAGCCGUGGAGAACCGCUCCAAAGCUCCGCAACCACAGGCACUCAGAAAUUAUGGAAACAUCAUGUAUGACCGUCGUGUCGUCAGAGGAAACACUUACACGCAGCACGUCUUACCCACCACAGCUCAGGCGAACGCCGCUGAAUCACAGCGACAGCAGGAGCUCAGGAGGAGAAACGUUACUCGAAGACGUGACACAAGCAGACUCAAGACUCCUGACGCCCUGCAGGGCAGGACGCACAUCCACGUACAAACAGAUCUUUAUCUUGAAGAACUGAGUGACGUUGUCAUGGCUGCAGACAACGAGUGUCAGACCGACGCUUUCCUGGACAAACCAGCGACGCCGCUCUUCAUCCCUGCCAAAACUGGCAAAGAUGUCGCAACGCAGAUAGAGGAUGGAGAGCUGUUUGACUUUGACAGGGAGGUGCAGCCAGUGUUGGAGGUGCUGGUGGGGAAGACGAUGGAGCAGUCUUUGCUGGAGGUGAUGGAGGAGGAGGAGCUGGCCUGUCUGAGGGCACAGCAGAGGGCCUUCCAAGAGCUGCGGAAUAACGAGCUGGCAGAGGUGCAGCGGCUACAGGAGCAGGAGAGACGGCGCAGCGAGGAGAAAAGACGCAGAGUGGCACAGCAGAGGGAGGCGCUGCAGAAAGAGAAGGAGACUGCAGAGAAAAUUGCUGCCCGCGCCUACACGCAGCAGUACUUAGCCGAUCUCCUACCUGCCGUCUUCAGCUCGCUCACAAACCACGGCUUCUUUUAUGACUCUGUGGAGAAAGAUAUUGAGACAAAUUUCUUCCCGUGGCUGAUGACAGAGGUGAACAGUCGUCUGGAGAGGAGGCGCACAGCGAGACACCUGCUGGACAGUAUAAUCCACGAUGUGGCUCAGAUGAGAGUGGAGCGCUUCGACGAGCUGGAAACACAGCCGGAGAAAUGUGACGAAUAACGAAACUACAAUAGUUACGGAGGCGACUGUGACAAAGGCAACAAAGACAAACUCAGACGGGGACAAAGAAAAGUGUCAUGUUCUUGUGUCACAUCACUCUUUAGUUAUGCUCUGAGAAGUAGGUCUAACCUCUGAUAUAUACGGCUCUAUUUUAAUCCUGCGCUCUGAUUGGUCGGGCUCACCUAUGACGCCUCCCCCCUCUCUCUCUCUCUGCGGAUGACUCCUCACCACCAAGAAGAAAAAAAAAAGAAAAAGAAAAAAAGUUUCUAUGAUGUAACUGUGCUCACCUCAGUCUUUGCUUGGCACACACACGAGGAUUAAAUGUAUUUAUUUGUGCGUCACAAUUGGUGUCGCCACGUAUUCCUCAAAGUGAUUUACAAUGCGUUUACUUUUCUGCACCCAAAAUUAAUAAAAAACACAUGUUUUUGGCCCUUUUAAACACAUCAGUUUUACUCGUAAAAAAACUAUGAGAUUUUUUUCAUGGAUAAUAAAUAAAAAUACUAUUAAAACAAAAAUAUCUUAAGUAAUUGCUAUAUUACAUACAUCUAAAUGUACUUUAAAUACCAUGCACAUUCUAUUCAUUUUAUAGUCAUAUUGUUCAUAUCUUUCUAUAUUGUACUUUCACAUUAAGUGGAAAUGCACAUUUAUUAUGUCUAUAUCUUAUCUUAAUGCCUUAUAUUAGCUAUUAUAGUGAGGUUUUUGGGGUAACAUCUAUACAAUUAACACAAAAAACUGUUUUGAUUUUUGCAAUAAAAGGGGCUGCAAGAAUGAUCACAUAUUCUACUUCUACUUACAGACACUAUUUUAUGACUUAGUGGACAUGUGCACUUUGAAAUUGAUGUUUAAAUGAAUAAUAAAUAAAACCCUUCUGCCAAAGAGAGAAUGUAGAAUGUGUUCACGACCAGAAAGAGUCGAUAUGAGUUCAGAGGAAAUUAAACGUUGGUAUCAGUUAAGGGUGUGGUCAUGUGUGACAGCUGCACAGAGGAUUUAACAUGAACUACUUCACUUUUGGAACUUAAAAAAAAAACAUUUAAAAACUGUCAAUGAUAUUGAAAUAUGUAAAACAACGUAUAAUUUUCUUAAUAUAACGUCUUAAUACAUUUUUGAAUAAUAGUCAGACAAUUUAACACUUUGGGCCUAUUUUGAUGAAUAUUGGAAUAAAUGUUGGACUUGGUUUGAA